AUGUUAUGUCCUCGCAGUGCCUGUAGUGGUGCUAUAGGAGGCUGCUGGCUCUCUUCUUGAGCAGCCCCAGCAGCCCUGCCUUCUUUGCUGGAGAAUAUAUUCAGGGAUUCCCCUUAAUAAUCACCUACCCUCUGAGCACUUUGUAGUUUUAAAAUAAUAAAAGAGCCCCCAAAGCUUCCUCCCCACAAAAAGCAGGAUCUUCUCAGAGACAGGGGGGCAGCAGCUCCUCAGCACAGAGCCCGAGCACAUUCCCAGUCCCUCUGCUGGGGAGGAAACUCUGAUCUGUCAGCCCAACAGAGGGAAAGGGGGGAGAGGAGAGAGAGGAGGGAAAAAAAAGCAGCUGGAAAGGGAAAAGAAGGUCUGGUAGUUGUGAAGUGAGUGCACUGGAAGACCCAUCAUCGCACUUCACCCCGCACAGACAAUCUGCUUCAUCUUGGUUCAUCAUCAUUCCAAGAUAGUGGUGUCCUUGGGGCUCUCUCUUAACACUGACAUGGUGCAGAAGAUUUAAAAUCAGCUGAUGUUCACAAGGAAUAGAGUCACGUGAUGUAUGAAGGCAAACACAUACACUUCUCUGAGGUUGACAAUAAGCCCUUGUGCUCCUAUAGCCCCAAACUGUGCAAGCAGAGGCGACUUAACGGCUACGCCUUCUGUAUCAGACACGUUCUGGAGGACAAGACUGCCCCCUUCAAGCAAUGUGAAUAUGUGGCCAAGUACAACAGCCAACGCUGCACCAACCCCAUCCCCAAGUCUGAGGACCGUAGGUACUGCAACAGCCACCUGCAGGUACUUGGCUUUAUACCGAAAAAGGAGAGGAAGAAAAAGAAUGAUCCCAUAGAGGAGGUAAAGGUCAGGCAUCAGAUGGAUGCUAUGGCCUUCGGUCUGACAGUGCCCACCCUGGCCUUGAAGAUGCCCAAUGGACUGGAUGGGAUGUCCCUCUCCCCUCCAGGGGCAAGGCUUCCUCUCCACUACCUGGAGGCAGAAUUAGAAGACCCCUUUGCUUUCAAUGAGGAGGAUGAUGACCUAAAGAAAGGGGCAACAGUGAAGAAAAAGUUGCAGAGCAAGUUGGCUCACAACCGGCAGCGCCAGAGAGAGACAGAGAUUUUAAAAGUUCGCCAAGAGCACUUUAGCCCCAUUCCUGCACCUUUGCAGCAGCAGCCUCUGCAGCAGCAGCAGCACUCCCAUCUGCCACCUUCAUCAGCUUCGUUAAAGCCGACAGGGCUACCGCAGGGCAUAGUCUGCAAGUCACCUCAACCUCUGAACACCAGCCUACCAAUGCAGGGAGUGGCACCCACCACACACACUAUAGCACAAGCGCGGCAGUUGUCCAACAAGAGACCUCUGCCUCUCCUGCCACCCGCCAGGGCUCCUGGCACGGACCCGCCAAGGACUGACCGGGUCCUGAUGAAAGCCACAGCCUUCCCUCCGCACUCGUCCUGCAUGAGCCGGCUCCAGAGACUGGUGAAACUGUGCACUCGAAAACAGCAGCUGGACACUGAUCUGUUUCCUCACUUAGGGCUGGAUUGGUCUGAAGACAGUGGAGAAGAGUUGGAGGAUUCAGAGCAAACCUCCCCUUACCAGGUCGCGUGGUCUAUCCGAGAAAGCCUUGGCUAUGAGAGACCUGAGUCCGAUGAUGACAAUGCAGAUGACAGGAGUUCCAGGGUGACCAGACUUUGCACUUACUUUCAGCAGAAAUACAAGCACCUGUGCCGCCUGGAGCGGGCAGAAUCGCGGCAGAAGAAAUGCCGGCACACGCUGCGGAAAGCGCUGCUGCAGGCGGCCAGCCGGGAGCCCGAGCGCGCGGGGCAGCUCCUGCACGAGCUCCGGAGGGCUGCGUGCGCUUGCACCAGCACAAGCCAAGCAAGGCAGAGAGAUGCAGAACCAACAACCUGCAGUGGGACUUCGAAGGGAGAGCAGUGCACUAACAAGGCCCUUCCAUUCACCAGGCACUGUUUUCAGCAUAUCUUAUUGAACCGUUCUCAGCAGCUCUUCUCGAGUUGCACAGCCAAGUUUGCAGAUGGUCAGCAGUGCUCUGUGCCAGUUUUUGACAUUACACAUCAGACACCUCUGUGCGAAGAACAUGCCAAAAAAAUGGAUAAUUUCUUGAGAGGGGACAGCUCCCGUAAAGUUCAGCACCAGCAGCAGAGGAAACCCAGGAAAAAAACGAAGCCACCUGCACUUACCAAAAAACACAAGAAGAAGAGAAGGCGAGGCCCACGCCGGCCCCAGAAACCCAUUCCUCCUGCAGUGCCCCAAGGGAACCUCACCAUGCCUGCCACUGUCUCACUGCCAGUAGACAUACCCCACAUACGGAGUCCCUCCACUCCAGAACUCAGUGCCGAUGAGCUGCCUGAUGAUAUCGCCAAUGAAAUCACAGACAUUCCACAUGACUUGGAAUUGAAUCAGGAGGACUUCUCUGAUGUCCUGCCACGGCUGCCUGAUGACUUGCAAGAUUUUGAUUUCUUUGAAGGUAAAAAUGGAGAUCUUCUUCCAACCACAGAAGAGGCUGAAGAACUGGAACGGGCCCUGCAGGCUGUAACUUCUCUUGAGUGCCUGAGUACCAUUGGAGUACUUACACAGACAGAUGGCGUGCCAGUUCAGGAGCUGUCAGAUAGAGCGAUAGGGGUGUUCUCUACAGGUGCUGGAGCUCCAGGAAUGCAGUCCUUGAGUCGAGAGGUUAACACGGAUCUGGGGGAGCUGUUGAAUGGGCGUAUAGUACACGAUAAUUUCUCCGCUCUGGAGCUGGAUGAGAACUUGCUCCGUUCUGCUACCUUGUCCAACCCACCUACGCCCCUGGCAGGGCAGAUCCAGGGGCAGUUCUCAGCCCCAGCCAACGUUGGCCUUACUUCUGCCACUCUGAUAAGCCAGAGUGGCCUUGGGGAGAGAGCCUUCCCGGGACAGUUUCAUGGACUUCAUGAUGGCAGCCAUGCCUCCCAGAGGCCCCACCCUGCCCAGCUGCUGAGCAAGGCAGAUGACCUGAUCACCUCACGACAGCAAUACAGCAGUGACCAUUCACACUCCUCACCCCAUGGAAGCCAUUAUGAUAGUGAGCAUGUGCCGUCUCCCUACAGUGACCAUAUCACAUCCCCUCACACCACAUCCUUUUCUGGUGAUAACUUGGCAGCUACCUUCUCAGCAGAGAUGCCCAUGAUGGCACAGCACUUGCUCCCAACGCAGCUGGACGUGCCACUUAGCGGGGUGGUCAACCCCAGAACUCACUGGGGAAAUCUUCCUGUCAAUCUUGGGGACCCCUCUCCGUUUAGCAACCUUCUUGGUGCAGAUGGACACCUCCUGUCCACCUCCCUGUCCACACCACCUACCACCUCGCACUCAGAGACCACACAGCCUGCCUUCGCCACUGUGACCCCCAACAGCUCCAGUGUGCUUCCGGGGUUACCGCAGACCAGUUUCAGUGGCAUGGGUCCUGCCUCCGCUGAACUCAUGGGCUCCACCUCCCCCAAACAACAGCUCCCUCAGUUCAGCGCAGCCUUUGGGCACCAGCUGAGCUCCCACAGUGGCAUUCCCAAGGACCUGCAGCCCAGCCACAGCUCCAUAGCUCCUCCCACGGGCUUCGCAGUGACCGGUGCCACCGCUACCAGUACCAAUAACGCAUCCGCGCCCUUCACCACCUCCAACUGAGCUUGUCUGCCUGGCUCCCUGCAGCUGGUGCCCACGGAGAUGAACUCUGGAUAGGUAACGUUCCCAGAUAUCCUCUGGAAAACUUUAACUUUGGUGCAGAUUGCUCUGAUGUAGCUAACUGCGAUGGCAUUGGCUUCUACCUUGGAGUGGACUGAUUUACCCUGAAAUGACUCUCUAACCUGCAUCUUAAACAGUGUAGUUGGUUCUGGUGCAAGUAGAUUCAUUCUGAAGUGAUGGACAUUUUGAUUCUCAUGCAAAAUAGCUACAUCCUAGAAGGGGUUGAACCAGUUUCUCUGAACAGUGAUGACCUUCACUGUACAGUUUUGGGUAUGUCUCAGGGAUUCCUUGUGGAAAUAAGGGCAGUUAACAAAAAAAGAAAAAAAAGAAAAAAAAAAAGAAAAAAAAAGAAAAAAAGAAAAAAGUUAAUAGUUUUAAAAGUAAAUAAUAAUUUAAGUAGAGCGUCACCUAAGUGAGAGCGCAAGAAGGAGAAAUCUCUGUUCAGUUUUAUAGUCAACAGUGUCUGGCUUACGGACUCUUUCUCUUCUCGGGGCUCUCAUCUCAACUUCAACAUACAGAAUCUUUUUCAUCACGCUCAGCUUUAAACUUUUUAUUUAAAGAUACCCUUCCCCAAUGAGCUUUCAGAAUACUUAUUGUAGAUUUUAAGAGAAAUGGUAUAUUAAUUUAUGCUAUUAACAUCACCUCAUAAAUUAUAAGUUUUAUACUAAAGCUGUAUUGAGUGUAAUGAAUUAUGUUGCAUAUGUGUUUUUAAUAGCUAUAAAAUUAUAUACAAGCUUUUUUUGGAAAAACAAACUAGUGAAGCACCUUUUUACACUGGAUCUUUGCCGUGUCAAGGUGUACAGCUAUUCUUUGCUACCUUGCAGAUAUCUAUAUCUAUAUAUAGAUAUAUAUAUAAAUAAAAUAAAAUGGUAUCCUGUAUCAACAAGUAUAGAACUCUUUUUAACCCUUAUAUUACUGUUCCUAUAACUCUUUUUAAAUUUUGAGUGUUACAUUCUGCAAUAAUUUAUCCGUGGUUUGUACCUAUGAUUAGAAAUUUAGUUACAGGGUAAAUAGAUCAAAUUUAAAAAUCCAACUACUGUAGCUGGGAGUUGUGAACCAAGUUUGUAAGACCUUUUCUUUUUUAAAAUGUAUUUAUUUCCAGUUAGCUCUGUGAGUUGGAAUUUGAAAAGUUGGAACAUUAGGAAUCUACAGUGUCUUAUUCAGGAAUUUUCCCUUCCUUUCCUCACAAAGGAAUUCCCACUGUGACUUCUAAAUAGAAUUAGACUGCUUGUGUGCAUGUAUGUAUUAUAUAUACACACAAAAAUAUGCAUUGGGGGGGGAUGUAUGUGUGAUACGAAUGUGUAUAUUGUAUGUAGGUCAUAGUUUUGUAAAGAGAAAAGUAGUCAAGAGGUGAUGGAAUGUAUUGUAGAAAUGUGAUUAUUUAGUAGGGGGUUGUUAUGUCCUCACUGUUAUAUAAAUAACUGAAACUCUCUACUAUAUAAUCUUCUGUUAUAAGGCUAACUCUGAUAUCAUGUCAAUUUUACUGUUUUUCAAAUGAGUUGCUUUGAGCCCUGUUUAAAAUGCCAUGAAAAUACCAAGCUCCCAAAGACAGCCUUUAAAUAAAACAAAUGGGGGAGGAGGAGUGAUGGAAGAAAGGAGUUUUCCAGGACAAACUGAAUGGGAAGGUUUGCAUUCAGUGGGAUGGAGAGGCAUGAGAAUUGUUGUAUCUUUGCAAAUUAAUACCUGAAUCUCCUUCGGUCUGGCUUGGAAAAUGUUGUCAACCAGCGUUCUCGUGUUUUCCAAUUAGAUUGUAAGGGGUGCUGUUUGUGCAGUGGUCUCCUUUCCAUAAAAGGAUCUUGUCUCCAAAGCAGAAUUUUUUUCUCUUCUGAGGAUAUUUGUGUGUAUCAAUUUUGCCCCAAAAUUUCUGUUGUGGGAUUGCAGAAGAAAAUAUGCAUUCAGUCAAGGGAGUUUCAUUUAGGCUGUAAAAUUCUGAAUUUGAUUUUGACCACUUACCUUUUUUUCAUAAUUGGAGAAGAAAGAUUUCUUUAUGGGAGCUCUCACUUGAAAUGUGAGAAGUCAGAAACGUUCUUCAGAUUGGCUUACUCUUCAUAUUUUUCUAUUUAGGCUGGAGAAAGCCUAAUUGUUAUUUAUUCAUACAGUAUCACUUUUAUGAUGAUCCCAGUGACUUUAAAAACCUUUUUAGAAAAACAGAGCUUCUAGUAUUGAAUGGAAAUUUGAAAUUUUUUGCAAUUUUUCUUUUAUUCCCUUCCAUAUCAUGAUGUUGAUGCUCCCCCAGGCAUCUCUCUCCCUUUCCUUCUCUCCACAAUUUGUUUCUAGCACAUAUGCAUAGAGGCAAAAGGGUAGGGAGGUGGAAGUUAGUCAGAGGCCUUUUCUUCUGCUUAUUUGGUGGUAAUGGGAAUUAGGAGCAUAAAUCUUUAUGCCUUUAUGGAGGAGAAUAGACCCAUUUUUGUGUACAGAGAGGUAUAUCUGUAUGUGAGAUAACAGAAGCAUUUUGCUGAAUGUGGACUUGGCCUCGUAAUGUACAAUAAAUAUGUAUGAAUGCAAUCAAUCUAAAUCUAUAUAUACAUGCAUACAGAUUGAUAGGUGGAAUAUACCUUGUAUCACACACCUGUACAUUAGCUGUAACACCAGUGAGUGUGUGAGCUAAAGAGAGGGACUAUCCACAUCCACAUAACAUGUGUAACAGGUAAGCACUUGUGCCAGACAAGUUGUUUUAAAUUCUUCUGAAGGGUCUGGAUGACUCAGAGACUGAUCUGAGCUUGGCCACCAUUGGCUUGUGUUACCUCAGCCCUCACAGUGGAGUUUCCUUUCUGUGUCUCUGCUUUUGUUUUAUAUUUAGUCUCGUUGAGGCCUCUUGCAAAAUGCCAACUUCUUCUGCUUCUCUGCUCCAUUGCCUCCAUUCCAGCUCCUCCUUGUCCCUGCAUCUCUGCAGUUUCUCUUGCUAGCAGCAAUCAGCUUUAAUGGCCCAAUCCAGCUCUGCUUAUGCAUGAGGGAAAUUCUCUUGGUGACUGGAGUGGUAGCUGAAUUGGGCCCUGAGCAUCUUCUUGAACUUAUGCAACUUCCCCAGCUUCAAUUGUGAUUCAGUAGGACUGUGAUUGAUUUGCAGAUGAAUACAAACUUUUCAUGGAACCUGAUGCAGAGCUUCCUAGCAUAUUAAAAGGUUAACCCAGCAUUAUAUUUAAAUGGUCAAAAUGAGAAAACUGCGCCCACCAAAUACUAUCUUCCAAUUUUCAAC